CGCGUUGUUUGCUAUCCUGUCCACAUCGUGGUCCCGCCGUACGAGAAAGAGAAACCCCUUUCAGCCAGGACCGCAUACUAAAUCCGAAGAGGAUGGCACCUCAACCACCCUCAGCCAUGUCCGGAGGUAGCAAUUCUAUCUCGGGAUCUGGAUCGAACCCAACCAUUGUACUGACAAACUCUUUGAUGACAAAACUCAAACCCUCGAGAAUAUUCAAAUCAUCAGUAGACCCGCCUCCAGAACCCAAGGGUACACCACCGCCCAAUUACCGUCCUCCACCUCCAAGGCAUAUAACAGGGAUAACUUUUGAUGAUAGGGGGGACACACUUGUUACAGCGGGAGAGGAUGAGACUUUUAGGUUGUAUUCUUGUAAGGGUGGGAAACCCAUAAAAACUCUUCAUUCGAAGAAAUAUGGCGUACAUCUCCCCCGCUUCACCCACAAAAGUACCGCGAUUCUCCACGCCUCGACGAAAGAAGACGAUUCAAUCCGCUACCAUUCCUUGCACGACAAUAAAUACCUCUCCUACUUCAAAGGCCAUCGCGGAAAGGUUACUUCUCUAGAGGUCUCUCCUAUUGACGAUGGAUUCAUGUCCGGAUCGGAAGACAAAACCGUCCGGCUUUGGGAUCUAAGAAUGGGAUUGGGAGGAAUGUGUCGAGGAUUACUGAAUCUGCCUACGGUGGAACCUGUGGUGGCAUACGAUUCAGGGGGAUUGGUGUUCGCUGUUGGAGUCAACGGAUUCCAGAGAAUCCUGUUGUAUGACCAGGCCAACUAUGACAAAGCACCCUUUCUUACCAUUACCCUAGACGACCCCACCCUGACACAAAUCUCUUACCCGCCUCGACCUAUCUACAUUACCUCUCUUGCCUUUUCCUCGAACGGAAAAUAUCUACUGGCCGGAUCGAGUGGAGAUGCACAUUACGUUUUGGAUGCGUUCCAGGGGACACUGCUGGGUAAAUUAGAGGGACAUGUGGGCUUGGAGCGUAGAGGCAUGGACGAGAGAAGGGGAAUUGAAUGUGGACGCGGAAUUAGUGGUGAGGAUGUUUCGUGGACCCCUGAUAGUAAAUAUGUGGUUGGCGGUAGUUUGGAUGGGAAGGUGUGCGUUUGGGACGUUCAAAAUCUAGGGGACGCAAACGCUGAUGCAGGGGGGGUGGGCAUGCCACCAGGUGGUGUGAUGAAGAAGAUACAACCGCUGGUCAAGCUAGAAGGUCACCCUGGCCCUGCACGCUGCGUCAAGUUCAAUCCCAGACUGGCAAUGAUGUGUACGGCAGGUGCUGAAUUGGCUUUUUGGUUACCAGAUACUUCUGGGGACCCAGAAGAAAUUGCAAAGGAUCUCUUGUCCGGAAAGAGAAACGUAUCCAAGUUGCCUAUGGGGCCACCACCUGUAUGAUCAUUGGUUCCGGCCAUUCUUUAAGUGAGGGAUUCGUUUUACGCAACGUGUCGGUCGAGGACUCAAGUCUCGAGUGCUUGAAUCGUGCAGUCUGAGUACGGCAUCGAAGUGACGCGUUUUUUUGUAUUUCUUUGACGACUUUUCGCUCCUCCAAGUCGACUUCUCACUACCAUGCUCUGUCGUCUUCAUCCGGCUUCACGG